GCAGCCCGUCCCGCCGGGACAAUGGUAGUAGCUACUAUCGUCCUGUCUCAGCCAGUUCGUGUCAGUGCGAAGCCUCAGACACAAUGAGACUCGGUGCUGUCAUUCUGGGCCUGGGCGCCUUGUGCGUCGCGAGCCCUGCACCGCUCGACAAGCACAACGACGUAGUCAACGCCUUUGUUAAUGGUGUCAUGGGCGGCGUGGACGAUGUCGUCCGUGGUUUGUUGGGCCAUCUCAGCGAUGCAGUCAACCGAGGUGACAGAGACGAGGCCAUCGACAUCCUGCACCAGAUGAGUCCCUCCAGGAAAUCUCUCAAGAGCACGGAAGAAGCCAUUGCACGAUUGCAGGCGAUUGCGGCAAGCAGCGGCAAGGAUAUUGACAUUGUCGACUAUGCUGCCAAGCUCGUUGCGAAUGGUCUCAUCUCCGGAACGGUGGACGGUUUGUUCGAUUACAUCGAUGGCUUUUUCUCAAAGGAAAGCAGCAACAACAACGAUAACCCAUCUCCGCCCAAGAAAAUCUACCCAAAGGCAGAUUCGUGCGAUCCUGCAUACUCGGUGCCGGAAGACGACUUGCGAUCCGCCAUCUACAUCCCGCCUGGCUUCACGUACGGCGAGAAGCCCCCAGUCAUCCUCUUCCCCGGCACCGGAUCCAAUGGCUACACGGCUUUCAAGGGCAACUUCAUCCCGCUGCUCACCGACGUCGACUGGGCUGACCCGGUCUGGGUCAACGUGCCCGGCUUCCUCAACGACGACGCCCAAGACAACGCCGAAUAUGCCGCCUACGCCAUGCACUACAUCGCCGCCAUCACAAAGCGCGACAUUGGCAUCAUUGCCUGGUCGCAAGGAAAUAUUGACGUGCAGUGGGCGUUCAAGUACUGGCCGUCUACCCGCGAGGUGACCACGGACCACGUCGCCAUCAGCGCCGACUACAAGGGCACCAUCCUGGCCAACCUCCUCACCCUCAGCGGCCUCAUCAACAACCCGAGCGUGCUGCAGCAAAAGGCCGGAAGCGACUUUAUCAACACCCUCCGCGCAGAUGGCGGUGACUCGGGCUACGUGCCCACCACGAGCAUCUACUCGGGGCUCCUUGAUGAGAUUGUGCAGCCCCAGUCCGGGACUAUUGCGUCCGCGUAUAUGCUCGACGAGCGAGGCGUUGGCGUGACCAACGCCGAGGUGCAAAAGGUCUGCAAGGGCGGGCUGGCUGGUACUCUUUACACGCACGAGAGCACGCUUGCCAAUCCGCUUGCCUUCGCGUUGGCCAAGGACGCGCUGACGCAUUCUGGUCCGGGCGACUUGUCGCGACUGGAUCUGGGAAGUGUGUGCGCGUCAUAUCUGGCGCCUGGGCUGGGCUUGGACGACUUUUUGGUCACGGAGAAUGCAAUUGUGAUUGCUGCGCUGUCUUUGGUGACAUAUCUACCCAAGGCUGCGGAGGAGCCUGCGCUCAGAGGGUAUACUGUCUCUCCACCGCAAUGCAAGCGGGAACAGCCAUUCUCAGCGUGAAGUGGUGGUUUUUGGGUAUUGAGGCUCAAGAGACGGUGGAACUUGCGGUAUCGCGGUUGCUGAAAGCUGUGGUCUUCCACCACGUUCAUUGCACGCCCUUCUUUGUUUACAUGAAUCAGGGGUAGCCUGUUAUACCAGGCCAGUAUGAUAACUAUCGCCAUUGUAAUGUUGGAUGCGGUCAAACAAAGCCAAUUAGGU